AUGGAGCGCGAGGAGGAGACGCGGGAGAUCCUCCUGCCCAACUGGCAGGGCAGCGGCUCCCACGGCAUCACCAUCGCCCAGACCGACGACGGCGUCUUCGUCCGGCGCGUGCAGCAGAACUCGCCGGCCGCCCGCAUGGGCGUGGUCCAGGAAGGGGAUCAGAUCGUCAGCGCCACCGUCUACUUCGACAAGCUGCAGUCGGGGGAGGCGGCGCAGCUGCUGCAGAGCCUGGGCCAGCACACGCUGGGGCUGCGGCUGCAGCGCCGCGGCGACCGCUCGCCGCAGGCGGCCGCCGCGCCCGGCAGCCCCGAGGUCAUGCUGGUGAGCGAGGAGGAGGAGCGGGAGGAAGGACGGGAGGACGGGGAUCGGGGGGAGAGAGGGGUGAAGGCGACGGUGGUGAGG